UUUUAAGGAUUUUUGCAUGGCUUCAUUGUUUGGUUAAAGUAUUGUGUUUACAUAACAUAUUUUGGCAAAUAAAUUAGCUUCAUAAGCCUAUAUUGAGACUUCUGACUUGCCACACCAGACUACUUUUCUACGGUUAAACAACCACAACAAACAAGGAUACUGUAUUGUGCCAUCUUCACACCUAGCUAGCACUACUAGCAGGCAACCAAAACAUCCAGAGAUGGACAGUGAAGUUCAAAGAGAUGGAAGGGUUCUUGACCUUACAGAUGAUGCUUGGAGGGAAGACCGUCUACCUUAUGAAGAUGUCACUAUCCCAUUGAGUGAACUGCCUGAAGCUGAGCAAGAUAAUGGAGGAUCAACAGAGUCUGUGAAAGAACAAGAAAUGAAGUGGUCAGAUUUGGCUCUACAGAGUCUGCAUGAGAAUACACCUAACACUGGGACUUAGCUACUCCGUGAAUGGAUGCGGUGCCCAAUCCAAUGUACCUGUGGUUGAACUCGUCUGUAAUUUCCUCUAGUCUGGUCAAAAGAAAAUCAUUGUGGUAUUCUCAUUCAUGUAAAAGGACCCCCCCCCCCCUCCCCCCAACCCACAAUUUGUCUUGCAGAUUAAUAACAACCUGGAGUGAAGCAUCCUUGGACUAUUUUUAGAUUUUCUUAUUGGCCCGACAGAAAUAGAUAGUCUGAAAACUGAGUAUAUGCAAUGAAGCAAAAAUAAACAAUUUCAUAU